CAUUCAACCAUCUCUUUAGCCUGGUAGCCAACAUACAACCGAAAACAUUAAAGCUUUUUAGACCAUUUUUUUGUGUAAAUUGAUCUCGGCGUUUUUAACACACCGAUCUACUAUUUAACUUAAACGUUAAUUUAAUGUAAAUAUUCAAUUUACAAAUGUGUUGAUUAUACUUAACCUAAGCUAAUCGUCAAUGCUAGCUAGCCCACCAUGAGCUCUCCAAGCUACUCUCCUGCUAAAGAAGAGGACGUCUGCUGGACAGAGAAAGAGGGUCUUUGGCUGAACAUUGUCGUGAAAGAAGAGGGGGAAGAUGUUUCAGUAAAAGGAGAGGAAGAAGCUUUCAGAAUGAAAGAGGAGGAAGAGGAGGCUAUCAGUAUCACAUUGAAAGAAGAGGAUGAUGUUACAGUGAAAGAAGAGAGAAAACAUUUUAGAGUGAAAGAUGAAGAGGGGAUAGAGACUGUCACAGCGGAAGAGAAAGAACCCUUUGUUGUGGCAGAGGAGGCUAUCUUAAGAAAAGAGGAGGAAGACGCUUGGAGAGAUGAAGAGGAGACUGAAGAUCUGAUUAACACCAGAGAGAGACCAAACUCUCAUGAUGACAGCGGGAAGAGUCCUUCAGGGAAACCAGACCCGGCGACACCCAAACCAACGAGACGACAUCAGUGCUCCCACUGUGGAAAGAGUUUUCCCUGGUUAAAGGCCCUGAAGCAGCAUAAGAAAAAACACUCUGGAGAGAAGCCUUAUCGCUGUUCUCAAUGUGGAAUGACUUUUACCUGGGCAGGAAGCCUAUGGUGGCAUAAGAGAAUACACUCUGGAGAGAAGCCUUACCACUGCUCCCACUGUGAAAAGAGUUUUAGGAAGUUAGGUGACCUGAAGGCGCAUGAGAGGACACACACGGGAGAAAAGCCCUACCAAUGCUCCCAGUGUGGAAAUAGUUUUAGCAAGCUGGGGAACCUAAAACAGCAUAAAAGAACACACACAGGAGAAAAGCCCUACCAAUGCUCCCACUGCGGAAAGAGUUUUAGCCAUUCAGGGAGCCUUAAAUACCACGAGAGGAGACACAGACAAGAAAAACCCUACCAAUGCUCCCUGUGUGGAAAGAGUUUUAUCAAGUUAGGGGCCCUGAAUCGGCAUGAGAGGACACACACUGGAGGGGAUAAAACGUACCACUGCUCCCUGUGUGAAAAGAGUUUUAACCGGUUAAGACAUCUGAAUAAGCAUGAAAGAAUACAUACACAGGAGGAGAAGACAUACCACUGCUCUCAGUGUGGAAAGACAUUUUCCCAGUCAGAGGACCUGAAAUCACAUGAGAGAAUAGAGAGGCUGUGUUCUGACUUGUGCUUUUAACAGAGAAUUAGUGUUUUUGUUUCAUGUUGUUUGUGAUUUAACCUGUCUAUAUAAUACAUGACUGUACUAUAACACACACAGGAGAGAAAACCUUCCACUGUUCUCAUUUUGCUUUUGACUGAGAAUUAAGUGUUUUUGUUUCAUGUUGUUUGUGAUUUAACCUGUCUAUAUAAUACAUAACUGUACUAUAACACACACAGGAGAGAAAACCUUCCACUGUUCUCAUUUAGCUUUUGACUGAGAAUUAGUGUUUUUGUUUUUUAUAACCCACUGAUGGGUUUAGAUUUUUAAACUUUAAAUAUUGUUAAUAAUCCGUUUUACGAGAGACAUAAGUCUGGUUUCUACAACAGAAGUUAAUGGUUAUGAGGAAUGUAUAUGUGGUGGGUUCAGUUAGGUGGAGAGAUGUGGAUUAGUGAGGAAGGGAGCCGAGGUCAGGUCACAUCCUGGUGGGUUAGUGAGGAAGGGAGCCGAGGUCAGGUCACAUCCUGGUGGGUUAGUGAGGAAGGGAGCCGAGGUCAGGUCACAUCCUGGUGGAGAGAUGUGGGUUAGUGAGGAAGGGAGCCGAGGUCAGGUCACAUGAUGGUGGAGAGAUGUGGGUUAGUGAGGAAGGGAGCCGAGGUCAGAUCACAUGCUGGUGGAGAGAUGUGGGUUAGUGAGGAAGGGAGCCGAGGUCAGGUCACAUGCUGGUGGAGAGAUGUGAGUUAGUGAGGAAGGGAGCAGAGGUCAGAUCACAUGCUGGUGGAGAGAUGUGGGUUAGUGAGGAAGGGAGCCGAGGUCAGAUCACAUGCUGGUGGAGAGUUGUGGAUUAGUGAGGAAGGGAGCCGAGGUCAGAUCACAUGCUGGUGUAGAGUUGUGGAUUAGUGAGGAAGAGAGCCGAGGUCAGAUCACAUGCUGGUGGAGAGAUGUGGGUUAGUGAGGAAGGGAGCCGAGGUCAGAUCACAUGCUGGUGGGUUAGUGAGGAAGGGAGCCGAGGUCAGAUCACAUCCUGGUGGGUUAGUGAGGAAGGGAGCCGAGGUCAGGACACAUGCUGGUGGGUUAGUGAGGAAGAGAGCCGAGGUCAGGUCACAUGCUGGUGGAGAGAUGUGGCUUAGUGAGGAAGAGAGCCGAGGUCAGAUCACAUACUGGUGGAGAGAUGUGGAUUAGUGAGGAAGGGAGCCGAGGUCACAUGAAGGGAGAAGGAACAGUUUAUUGCCCGCGUCACUUAACUUCCUGCCUAGCAACAAAGAUGUCAUGUCUAGAGAGAAGGACGAGACUCCACCCAGAUUGGGGUGUAUAUAUAUAUAUAUAUACACAUAUACAUAUAUAUACACUACCACUGGUGGAAGUAUGUCUUUGUCUGUUCAGCUGUUCGAUCCUUUGGGUGAUUAAAGUUGGUUGG